AUGGCUGAUUGGGGUUAUCAGUUCUGGAGUGCAUGGGCCGCUGACCCGCUGAAUAACUGGCUCGGCAGACGAGGGACUAACUUCGUAACUGGGUUAUUGUACGUUGCGAGCUUUCCAGCUAAGAGACCAAACAGUGCUAACCAUGGUGGAAAACCGUGUAUUCCCCGUUCUGGCGCAGGCUUUUACCCAGAACAGCUGGGGACGCAUGCUAUGCCGUUUGUAUAUGGGCUUUACGUAAGUGUUACCGUACCGGUUCUUUCGAUAUCACGGCUCUUCACUAAAGGAAAUUACCCGGCAAUGGGUGCUAAGAUCUCGACUACCCCGGUCUUUAGUGCGGAAGUUAGUCCAGCCUCAAUUCGUGGAGGUCUUGUCACUGACUUCUAA